AUGAAAGAAGUAACACUGAAAUUUUUUUCCAUCUCAGAUCUAAUACAAUGUGCGAAGUGUCCAGAUGGUCAAUAUGCCAACAUAGAGAGAAAUCACUGCUUCCCAAAGGUUGUGACAUUUCUGGCUUAUGCAGACCCAUUAGGGAUUGUAUUGGCCUGCAUGGCCUCACUUUUAUCUAUGUUGUCAGUUCUUAUUAUAGGAAUAUUUGUGAAAAACCAACAUACUCCCAUUGUGAAAGCUAAUAACCGCACUCUCAGCUACAUCCUGCUCAUUUCUCUCACACUUUGCUUUCUCUGUUCAUUGUUCUUCAUUGGAUAUCCUAGCACANCCAGAUGUCUCCUGCAGCAGAUCACUUUUGGAAUNCUGUUCACUGUGGCUGUGUCUGCNNUCUUGGCUAAAACAAUUACUGUACUUNUGGCCUUCANCAUUACUAUUCCAGGAAGAAGAGUUAAAUGGCUGCUGCUAUUUGGGACACCCAAGGUCAUCAUUCCAAUCUGUUCCCUUUUUCAACUAAUNAUCUGUGGAUUCUGGUUGGGACUAUCUCCUCCCUUUGUAGAGAGAGAUCCUCACUCUGAACAUGGUCACAUCAUCAUUAUGUGCAACAAGGGCUCAAUUAUAGCCUUCUACUGUGUGCUGGGAUACCUUGGCUGUCUGGCACUAGCAAGCUUCACUGUGGCUUUCUUGGUUAGGAAUCUGCCUGACACUUUCAAUGAAUCCAAGUUCCUAACCUUCAGCAUGCUUGUGUUUUGCAGUGUUUGGGUCACCUUUCUCCCUGUCUACCAUAGCACCAAAGGGAAGGUCAUGGUGGUUGUGGAGGUAUUCUCUAUCUUGGCUUCAAGUGCAGGGCUUCUAGGUUGUAUCUUUAUCCCCAAGUGCUAUAUUAUUGUGUUAAGACCAGAUAGAAACUUUAUUCAAAGGUCGAAGUGUAAAAAUCAUUCCUGA